AUGGCAGCCUCGUAUCUCCAGGCCAGUGGACUUCAGGCAGGCCAGACAGCCCAAGGACAGGCGCAGAGGGGCGCCACAGCUGCAGCAGGCGGCAUGCAGGGUCCCGCAGCCCCAGAGGCAGAAGCUGCAGGACCUUCGCAAGCGCCACAGCCAGGGAUCAGCCGCAGGCAGCUCAGCGCUCAGGGAGCCGAGCAGGACAUCGUCCAACGGUGGCUUGCGUUCAGCCUCAAGGCCUCAUCCACCGUUGCAGAGCUGAAGCGGUUCCUGCUUGACAGAGGCCAGCGGCCAGUGAUCUUCACCAGAAGCGCGCUGCUCGCCAGGGUGGAAGGGCUGCUUAGAUUUGAGCAUCCAGAAGGUGGACUGGAGCCGAGUGCGGCGGCGGUUGAAGAGAUCACAGCCGCUGUUGAGGCCGCAGCCCAACCGGCACGGCAAAGACCAGCAAGGCAGAAGGCGCCGAAGAAGUCACAGCUUCAGAUGGAAGCGGCCAAGUCCAUUGUUAACAAGGGAGUGAGCAGCGGCCUGCCCGUGGUCAAACUCAAGCAGAUUGACGAGUUGCUCUGGACCUUCGACAAGUGCCACUACCUGCCGCAGUUGGGGGAGAGCACUCCCUCGAUUGGUGUCGCUCUCUGGGCCGUCACAAGCACGCUGCACCGCGACGGGGAGUUCCCAGCACGCAACUUGUCCCAGUUGGGUCGUGCUGCCAAGGCUCCUGUUGGUUUGGUGCGCGCUGUGCAGCCAGGCAGCGAUGGCAACCAGCUGCAUAUGGAGAUAUGGUUCCUCGAGGCGCGCGUGCAGACAGAUAGCCAGGGGGAGCCCGAGGCAGCGGUGGCAGGGGAAGGCGGUGGGGCACGCGCAGAUGUGGAGGGACGGGGUGCAGGAGAGGCAGCCACCGGUGGGGGCGUGCAGGAAGGGCAUGGGCGGGGUCGGGGCAGGAAGCGUGGCCGCCGCGGCACAGGCGGGGCGCGUGGCAGCAAUCGGCCCAGAAGGGGCAGCCGAGGCAGGCUCAGGCGCCCAACCGCCAGAGCCGCAGAGUUUUGGGGUCCCCCCACUGAGGGCGACGAAGACGAGGUUGGGAACCUCUUCUCUGAGUCAGAUGCGGAUGACCAGCCAGCGCAGCAGCACAGUGACCCAGCAGAGCCAGAAGGGCAGGCAGAGGGUGUCCUGCCUGAGGCCAGCGAAGUGCCGCCGCAGCCCACAGCUUGUGCGAGCCAGUCGCCGUUGCACGGCUGCUUGCUGGCAGAUGAGUCGCCGCAGCCUGUGCCAGUCCCCAACGUGCGGCUGAGCAUGCAGGGGCAUGCCGCAUCGCCGGCCAAAAUGGCUGUGCUGGUGAUCGACUACCGGCACAUUGCAGCGGCCCUCUGUCAUCCAAAACGGCUGAAGGUGGCUCUCGGAGGCGCUGCCGGGAGCUCGCCCAUGAACGUCGAAGAGGCUGCAACUGGUGUGGCGCUGGCAAUGUUGCUGGCUGAGGAGCAGAAUGCGGCGCGCGCCGGAGAAGGUGGGAGUGCUACGGCAGCGGAGCAGUCGCAGUCAGCCUUGGAGCAGUCACCGCUGUCUGGCGCCAUGGUCUUCUUUGAUCCUGCUCUGGAGCUCGCUGCCGAUGAGGAGCCAGCUUCCUCCUACCGCUCUGCAGAUGGCCCAGCAGGUCGACCGUCCCUGGAAGUUUCCUCCCCUGGGAUCAACAUGGAAGCUGCAAUGGGUGUCAUCGCAGGGCUGGCAUGUCAGCUGAACCCCUCGCCGCAAGCCAGAGGCCAUUCGAGCGCGCACAGUGACGUGCAGAUUCUGCCAGAUGACACAGUCUAUGUCCUAACAGAUGACAGGAGGAUAGUGGGGACGGCAGAGGUGGUGCAUAUUGGGCCUGGCACACGGUUCCACGGUGCUGAGCUUGAGGGGUUUGGUGUUAUUUGCGGGCUCACCAUCACAGACGCAACUGGGGCUGGACACCAGAAGGCAUGGUUGAGCGACACAGAUGAAGUCAGAGCAGGCAGAACACCCUUGGAAGCAAUUGGGGGCAAUCAGAUGGUGGCAGUUCCCGAGAGGUGCCUUCGCUUUCUGAGGCGCCCACCGGCGGCUGGAGAGUGACUUGCAAUGUGAUCUUUGCACUUUCAAGCUAAGUCAGUUUCAAGCUUAGUCAGAAUUGGCGUGUGAGCAUGACGCAAAUGUAGCAUCAAUUUUUUUUAUGUCCUAAAUUUGAUAUUGCAAUGAGGACUGUAGUAGGUUGUGACCAAGUCUGCCUCACUACAAGGCGUUGCACAUCCAUGCGCUCUACGCAACUAAUAUUAGUCACUCACUUGUCCCUCUCUGCACAUGUGCGCAACAAUCAUGACGGUAACCAGAUAUCAUGCAUGUAACAAUCUGUAAGGUAAUUUUGCUCCCGGUUGCCUCACAUGCUCAACCUUCGAAUCUGAAGUGGCCAGUGGGAUGGAGCACUUCUGCUUGAAGACAGAGCACUGCUGCUGACCGCCACAAGGUAGUGGCGGUGGAGGGCAAGAAAAUAAAUCCCCUGAGCCUAUCUUAUAAUAUUAUUAACCCCAUCUGUCAUUGAGCAGCCUGGCUCGUUCUUGCUGUUUCUCUACGAUGUCGGUGUCGAAAUCCACUCACAUAGAAUGUUGAACGUGGAAGAAUUGCUACAAGAUUCUUCUCAGCAUCAUCGCACUUCUUGGUCGCUGCAUAAAGACACACGGCAUGUCACAUCAGAUGGCGCAAAGGAAACCUAGUAAUCUUCAACCACUGAACUUCCUUGAAGGCGGGAGCCAUGCAUGCACACACCGCCCUCAUUCACUGGGCACUGGUCAUGUACAGGUGCAACCCAUGCCAUGCCCGUGGCCAGUGGGCACGUACACAUGUGCAUCAACGUUUCAGGCAAUUGCAAGUUGCCACAAUGGCUACCCAACACCGGUGUUGGUAGCAAGUGAAUAGUGGGUACCCACUAGUUAUUUGCCACACCAUUGCCCUCAGUGUACUCUUAAAAAGCAAUCACUCGAUUAUAACUAGAAGGCGCCUCUACAGUGUAAUAUUGUUGUCAAUAGAUCAGAUUGAUAUUAUUGUUGCAUUCAUUUAUUUUAUAUUUAAUUAUAUUGAACAAGCUCGGCUCGCAAGGCUUCAAGCCUUGUUGCUCCAAUUGGUCAAAUAUAUGCAUUAUUCUUUUUUAUCUGAUAAUUCUUGCAAAGCAGAAUUAAAGCCACUGCAAAUAUUAAGGCUUGAAACUCGAAUUCACAAUGUGGAGAUAAAGUCCAUGCAAUGGGUGACUCGUUAAACAUUAAUUGAAGCUGAAGGGCUAAUUGGCUUCUGAUAAAUAUUUUAAUAUCAUGGUCAUUU